AAGACGAGAAAUGGCUCGGAUGUUUCAUUAUUACAAGCUAAAAUAAUGACGGGGAUCACGCUUAAACUUGGGCUUACGAGAUGAGACAUGAAGCACACGACGAUUCGGUGCACAUCGUUCAUGAAAUAAGGUGGUUUCAAGUUUGCGUUAGCCAUGUUUUUAGCUUUUUCCAGAAAUCACCUGCUAAGUUGUGCGAAAGGGCACGUACCCCGGAUCAGGGCUGGUACAGCUCCGAGGUACUCACAUGUCCGGCAGUGGAAAGGGUCACCUCCGAUCUGCCGCCAGACCUUUCAGCUGACACCAGCUAGAAUAGAAAGCAAACCUCUUCAGAGACUGAAUGGAAACUUUUCCUCCCCGAGCCAUCGGCCCGAGUGUGUGCACUUUGUCGAGCAAGUUGUGGAGACAGCGUUUCCCACUAGUCUGCCCUUCAUCAACAAACUAACUACAAGGACGAAUCAGUCUCCACUGAACAGACCAAAUGUGAACACCUUUAACUGCCAGGUACACACACUGAGCCGCGUUUUAAGUGACGGUAUUGGCCUUCACUCGAGGUUAAAGGGAUACUGUACUGCACCUGAAAAACCUGCCUGUAAAGAGGAUAAGAAAGUUUUGGAUCAAGAAACCAGUCAAUGUGCUUCUACCUCCUCUUCCUCCUCCUCAUCAUCUAACGAAGUGCAGUUUAAAGAGCUGUAUGAAAAUCCAUGGACUAUUCCCAACAUCCUUUGCAUGGCCAGGAUUGUCCUGUCUCCUGUCCUGGGUUACUUAAUCAUGGAACAGUAUUUCUACACGUCUCUUGGACUGUUUGCUUUUGCAGGAGCAACUGACUUGCUGGACGGUUACAUUGCACGGAACUGGCCGAACCAGAAGUCGGCUCUGGGUAGCGCUCUUGAUCCGCUCGCUGAUAAGAUCCUUGUUAGCGUGCUGUAUAUCAGUUUGACCUAUGCACAGCUCAUCCCAGUUCCUCUUACAGCACUGGUGAUCACUCGGGAUGUUGCUUUAAUUGCUGCAGUUUUCUACGUUCGUUAUAAAACAGUUCCUCCUCCAGUAACUCUUAGCAAGUUUUUCAACCCUUGCUACACUACUGCCCAACUUAAGCCAACUCUUAUAAGCAAGAUUAACACUGCAAUCCAGCUGUUUCUGGUGGCUGUGUCUCUUGCUUCUCCCAUCUUUCACUACACUGACAGUGUUUUCUUGCAGUCACUUUGGUAUGUCACUGCGCUGACGACUGUAGCAUCCGGUUACAGCUAUUACCAUUAUGGAAGAAAAACAGUUGAAGUAUUGAACAACAGAAAGUAGAUCUCUUGUGUCAUUACUGUAAGGUGAUAACGCUUCGAGGUGAAUAAAGCUGGGAAUCAUUUUACUGACCGCCUGUGUAUACGCUUCAAAUUGACGCAGAAGUCCUUUUUUUAAAAUUUUUUUUUGGAGUUCCAUUUAUGACUGUACAGCAGCCUUUUGAAUGAAAUUAUUUUGAUAUCCAAGUGCACCGUAACUGUCAAAUGUAUUCAGUCAGUACACAGUCCAUGCUUCUGUGGAAAGUUAUUUUUUACCUUUUUGAAUCACCACCACAAUUUUCUGAUUAAAAACUGACUUCAAA